AUGUCCCUAGAAAAUCCUACAAAUUCGAACGAUAUUCAGCACAAGGUACGCCGACUCUGGUGUUCUCUGUUACAUCUAGACAGCGUUUCUAGUGAAGAUUCUAUAACGUGGUUCGCGUUGGGUGGUUCAUCUUUGACUUUGAUGGAACUUUUCAGUCGCUAUCAAUCCGACUUAAGUCCGCAUCGACAGCUCAAUCUAUCGGAUUUUUUGAUACAACCAACUAUCAUUCAACAUGUUCGUUUACUCACGACAAACGACGCAGCAUUAAAUCAUGCAAAUCAAAGCAAAGUUAAUAAUUCUGCUUCACAACUCGUGUUUAUCGUAACGCCUGGUUCAUCCCUUUCUCUUCAACGUCUUAAUUGUGCAUUGACACUCCUCAUCAGCAAACAUCCAACAUUGCGUACCCCACUACAUCAAUGUAAUGUAUCGUUCGACGAUAUGGAUAAUGUCUCCUUUGUGCAAAUUAGUAAAGUUGAGAGUGAAAACGAAGAAAUGUUUCCAACUCAUUUUAAUCUUAUCUACGAUCGAAUGUUUCAAUGUCAUGCGAUUCGAAGAGGCGAUGGAAAAGACGAAGAUCUUCUCACUGGUGGAGAUAUGCUGCUAGUCAAUUUUCAUUAUGCCAUUUUCGAUUAUUUCAUCGAAUCUAUUUUUCUGGCCGAUUUGAAAGAGGCUUAUUCAACUCUCGCACUCGACAUGAAUGACAAUCACACACCGAUCUACAUUGAUUAUACAUUGUGUGAACGAGAUGAUAGAGAUGACAGUAUGUUAUCAGAAUCAGAUCUUGGAUAUCAGUUGCAAUUACCCUACGAUCAUUGUCCAUUAUCAUCAGGUCGCACGGGUCGUGCGUCAACAGUGAAUCUGGAACUAGAUGGAAGCGAGUCACUCGCUAAUUUUGCUUGUCAAGUACAAGCCACCCUAUCUCAAGUGUACUUGUCUGCCUAUUAUGUUUUCCUCUAUAAAUUGACACAAUGUCAAGAUCUCACCAUCGGCAGCUAUGUGAACAAUGGGAGUCAAUACGAAACCGCGUGUACAACCAACAUGAUUGAACCUGAAAAUACGUUUAUUCAUCUUAUAGAACAUAUCAAGUCGAUGGCUAAGGAUAUGAAAUCAUUGCCUUACAUAACAAUUGGAUUUCGAUUUCAGACUAUCACAAGUAAAAUAGAAUUGGCCGACAGAUGUGAACUUACUCGUUGUAUUCGUCCACCCAAUACGACUAAACACGAUUUAUGUUUAUCAAUCGUAAUGAAUGAACGCAAACAGAUGACUGGUUCCUUUGUGUACGCUUGUGACUUGUUCGAUGAGUCUACAAUUAUUACUAUGGCUCGUCGAUUUGAAUAUCUUCUUGGCCAACUGUUGUGCAGUCCAUUGACGAGUUCAAUCUUUGAAUUUUCACUGCUCCUUCCAAAUGAAAAUCAAAUACUACAUCAACUAGCAAAUAGCAGCGAGCAGAUACAACUUCGUAAAAAUCUACUGCCUAUCCACCAACAGUUCGCAUAUCAAGCCGAGGAACAUCCACAGAAAUUAGCAGUGAUUCUUGACGAUCAAUCGUUAACUUAUGCUGAACUAUUACACUCAUCACAAUUACUGGCUCAUCAUCUCAAGGAAAACUGUCACGUGCAGCCAGGCGACAUCAUUGCUCAAUAUGUCGAGCGCUCCAUCGAAAUGGUUAUCGGAAUACUGUCGAUUCUAAUGAGCGGUGCUUCAUAUUGUCCUCUAUCUCCGGAUCAACCAUCGGCACGACUUCAGUCCAUGAUCGAACAGGUCCGAGCAAAGUGUGUCCUUUGUCACAAUCGAACACGCACAUUUAUCUCAUCGAAUAAUAUUAACAUCGAUCAAAUACUCGUGUUGCUGACCUCAACAGGCUGGAUUGAUGGUGAUGAUGAUAAUGAUGAUAUCAAUGUGUACAUCAAUUCGAUUGCUUAUGUAAUUUUUACCAGUGGCUCGACUGGCACACCCAAAGCGGUUCCAAUCAGCCAUCAGAAUUUUGCCGCUUGUGUUGAUGCACUCGCUUACUCAGCGAUUAUGGCUCAUAACGAUACUGUCCUACAAAUAACACCGCCUACAUUUGACAUUCACAUACAAGAAAUUUUAGGUACACUCUGGCUGGGUGGAUCUAUUUGUCUUAUUCGACCUACCGGAAAUCUUGACAUGAACUAUUUGAUAUCGGUCGUACAACGACAUCAAAUAAGUUUUACUGUUACAGUGCCCACGCUUCUUGCUAUACUUGCCCAACACGUACACAACUUUCCUGACCUACGUCAAGCAUUGUUCAGUUUGAAGCGUGUCUGUUCCAUAGGUGAACUACUUCGGCCUCAAACAGCAUCUCAACUCUACAACUGUUUAAACUCGACUGCACUUAUCUAUCAUCUCUAUGGUCCUACGGAAUGCAUCUUCGCAGCUACUUUUCAUCUAAUUACAAAGGACGAUCUUGAGCAAAAUUCUUUACCGAUCGGUCGGCCACUUGCUGGUUACACAUGUCAUGUUCUUGAUAAAUAUCGUCAGCCUGUUCUCUGCGACAAGCAGGUCGGUCAGCUCUUCAUAGGUGGUCAAGCUGUGUUUGGCGGUUAUCUCAAUCGAGCAGAUUUAACACGUGAAGCACUGAUAUCCUUGCCACAAGAACAAGGUGUAUUCUAUAGAACAGGUGAUCUCGUGCGCGUCGAUGUCAGAACAGGUCGCCUGUAUUUUAGUGGACGAACUGAUUUUCAAGUCAAAUUGAGAGGGCAACGUAUCGAAUUAGGCGAAAUUGAAGCAACUAUUAUGCGUUUUACGCCGGAAAUCAGCAAUUGUGUUGUUGUAAAACGAGAGCAUGACAAUUUAGAACAUCUCGUUGCCUAUGUUCAAACAAAAGUUUCCGUGAACAUCAGUCUGUUACGUGAGACAUGUCGAGAAUGUCUACCAUUGUAUAUGGUGCCAUCGUUAUUUAUUCUGAUCGACCAUUUUCCCCUUAACCCAAAUGGUAAAUUGGAUCGUAAAGCACUUCCACCUCCUGAUUUUUCACUCCUUCUCUCGUUUAACUCGAAUGCACCAGACAAACAGGAUCAUACCGACAUGGAACGACAAGUUUCAUCGAUUUGGUCUCAAGUGUUGCAUCUUGAAUCGAUUUCUUCUACAAGCAUUAGUUUCUUCGCAUUAGGUGGUAAUUCGCUUCUUCUCAUGAAACUUCAGCAUGUCUAUCAAACUGAAUUUCAUCAAGCUGUCGACAUCAGUAAGUUAUUUCGUCACGCAACUAUUCACGAUCAUGCUCAAUUACUCGAAGACCAUCAGAUGAUUAUAGAGCCACACUGGCAUUCUUUUAACAUUACCAGAGGACCUGCAUCUUUCGCGCAAACUCGCCUAUACUUGGAUGAGCGUGUCCGUUUUAGCAGUGUGACUAAUGCAGUCGCUACUUACCAUAUUCCUCUGGUCUAUGAAAUUGCCCAGACAUCUGUUUCAUUGAAGAGAUUAAAUCGAGCCUUAUUAGCAGUAAUUCAAAAACACAAGGCACUUCGAACCUGUCUAACAUUUGAUGAGAAUGCUGGUGUGCUGCAGCAAGAGGUUUUGGAUCAAGUACAAGUAGAAGUCAUCUUGACACAAGCUGAGACAGAUGUAGAUGUAAAAAAGAUUAUAUAUGAUGAAGAAACAAACCCUCGUUUGUUCGAUCUGACUAAAGCACGAGUAUUUCGAUGUCACGCUAUUCGACGACUGUCGAUUGUCGAUAACGAUCUUCUUCAGCCAUCCGAUGUAUUGGUCUUCAAUUUUCACCAUGCAGCAUUCGAUGGUGGUUCUAUCGACGUGUUCUUUCAAGAUCUGAAGAAACUCUACUCAACCGGUCAGUCUCUUUCGUCCUCUACGUUAGAUUAUAUUGAUUAUGCGAUACAUGAAAAAGAAAGAAAUAUAGACGAAGCAAAAGCUUUUUGGAAACAACAAUUGGACGGCUUCUCAAAUUAUUACCUCCAGCUCCCGUAUGAUCAUUCACGAACCGAUAAAAGUCUAUCAGGCCAUGGUACAACAAUCACCCUACAGUUAUCCGACGACGUAGUUGAUAGCAUGCUUUUACUUAUGAAAACACAUGAGACGACUCUUUUUCAGUUGGGACUAGCCGCAUUCUACGCAUUUUUAUUCAAACUUACUCAAGAGGAUGAUCUUUGUGUACUCACAGUAAUUGCAAAUCGAGCAAGAGCAGAACUUGAGAACUUAAUCGGUGUGUUUGUCAACACAAUACCGUAUCGACUCACCAUUGAUCCACAUUCCAGUUUCACUUUACUAAUGCAACGUGUCAAAGAUCUCGCUCUCAUUACACUUCCACAUACUCAUCUUCCCUUUCAAGAGAUUGCGACGAACACAAACAUUGCAUCGCUGCAGACACUUUUUGAUGUCGAAACUAUACGGGAUGAUGAAGUUGGUCUCGAUUCUCAGACAGUUUUACGUCCAUUCAUUGGCAGCACCACCGAUCCAUACAGUGUAGCGAAGUUUGACCUGACCUGUACACUUUACUAUAACGUCCGCAAAAAAUCUUUGACUGUUUCUCUCAAUGGUUCCAAUGAUCUCUUUGAAACAAGUACAAUUGAGUUAAUGGCUCAUCGAUAUCAAUGUCUUCUUGAGCAACUGUUGUUUUCAUCGACCACCAAAUCAAUUUCCGAAUAUUCACUACUUCUUCCUCAUGAAAUCCAACUCAUUCAACAAUUAGACCACCGCAAUCAACUUCUUCUUCCUUCGACUCUUUUGCCGAUCCACGAACAAUUUGCAUGUCGAGUUGUGCAACAUCCACAGAAGUUGGCAGUGAUUCUCGAUGAUCAAUCACUGACCUAUGCUGAGUUAUUUCAUUCGUCACAGCUUCUGGCUCGUCAUCUCAUCGACCACUGUCAAGUACAACGAGGUGAUAUUGUUGGUCAAUGUGUUGAGCGCUCGAUUGAAAUGGCCAUUGGUAUCAUGGCGAUUCUGUUUAGUGGUGCUUCGUAUCUUCCACUCUCACCUCAUGAACCAUUCGAAAGAUUACAGAUGUUGACUGAUCUCACUCGACCACGAUGUGUUCUCACUCACUCGACUACCAAUCAUCUCAUUCCGAACAACAAAGUAUCGAUGGAGAAUAUAAUUAACGGUGACUUUGAGUCUUCGACAGACGUGAAUGUACUGAUGGAUGAUAUCGUUUUUUCGAUUUUCACGAGUGGCUCAACAGGAACACCCAAAGUUGUACCCAUUAGCCAUCGAAACUUUGCACACAUGGUGCAAUCGUACUGUCAACUACAAUUUCAUGACGAAAACUAUAUCAUAAUUCAAAUGGCUAGUUGUUCAUUCGAUGAACAUACCAACGAAUAUAUGGGUGGUUUGAUUUGCGGUGCCACAGUUGUACUCCUUCGACCGCAUGGUAAUCUUGACACAGUUUAUCUAUGUAAAACUAUUGAAAGAAAUCAAGUCACUCGUAUCGAUUUUGUGCCAACAACAAUCGCGAUUCUGGGGGAAUAUUUAAAUAAACAAACAGAGUUCGAUAAAUCUAACCAUCUUGCCACUGUAAGAAUGAUUACUGUGGGAGGCGAGCAACUUCAAGGAAAGGUUGUCAAGACGAUCUUCCGGCACUUACAACCUACGUGUGUUUUAGCAAAUAUAUAUGCUCCUGCUGAAAGUACUGUAUCGGCGUUAUACUACAAGAUUGAAUCUCACGAUACCGAUCUACCAGAGAUUAUACCGAUAGGCCGAUGUUUACCUGGACGAAUAGUUCUUGUACUCGAUAACUACGGUCAACAAGUGUUACCUGAUGGACGAAAUGUUGGCGAGAUAUUUCUCGGUGGUGUCGGUAUCUUCUCUGGUUAUCUCAAUGAUCCUCAAGCGAGUGAACGAGUACUUAUUCGAUUACCUAACACUGAUGAUGUGUUCUACCGAACAGGUGAUCUUGCCAGAAUGACUUUAGAUGGACAAUUAGUAUUUGUUGGUCGCAAAGAUUUUCAAGUGAAGUUGAGAGGACAACGCAUUGAAUUAGGUGAAAUAGAGACUGUCAUCAUGCGGUCAUCCACUGACAUUACUAAUUGUGUUGUCAUCAAACUCGAU